AUGACUGCACAGCGCAGACAGACACGCAGCGCAACGCGCGCCGCAAACAGCAAAGCAGAGCCAUACGCGCCCACUAGGCCGCCGGCCAAGAGAAAACGCACCAAUCCCGCCACGGCCGAGGCAAAGGCCCCCAUCAAAGCCGAGCCCGCCCCGCGCACCGGUGCCGAUUCGCCCUCACGUAUCAAGCGUGAGUCAUCCCGCACCCUCAAAGCGGAGUCCCAGGGGCCUACAACCGCCCCAGCGCAAGUCCCCGAGGCUGCUCCUAUGCCUGAAGUCAUUGACCCCGCCGAGCUCUCCGUCCAUGAUGUCCAAGGCCUCCUAAGGAGAGUCACAUCGAUGGCUCAUCCGCGCGCAGGUGUGUGGCUUCUAGGCGACAAACCCAUCAAGCGGUAUGACUCUGUGGUGGUAGGCACAAUCAACGGUUUCUGGUUCGUUGCCACAUCCUCGUCUGCUCAUCGGUUUGGCCGCCUAGUGUACUUCCUCGGAGAUGACUUCUAUCAGUACCCCCCAGUUGCCGCUGCCAACGGGCGAUACGAGGCUUCGCCACAGGACUGGGAGUCACGCAUCACCCAAGCCGCCUACGCGGGUCAGAGGCGUCCCGACGAUACUCCACCCCUCAAGUGGCAUGUGCACAUCGAGUGGACGUCGUACAUUCCCGGCUCCGCACGCGCCUGCAUCUUGGCGGCGUGGCUAACCUUCUUCCCCUCCUUCCCGCCACGUUCCGACACGCCCUGUUUCGAGUUCAUGGGUGACUGGAGACGAGGUAUAGAGGAGAUAAGGCGCGGCCAUUGGAGCGGAGCCGGGAUCCGCGGAGUCAAGGAAAAGGGAGGUCUCGCGGACAUGCUUCUCUUCGAAGAGAUGCAGAAGCGGACCAGGGAUCUCAUGGUUGCUGAAGCAAAAAUGGAACGCUUAAGGAGGAGGGAGGUGGCGUUUCGGCCACCGGAGAAGCUCCCGGACAACGUCAUGUUCAGAGUCCUCGAUGCUCUGGGCAAGGCUGGCGACUCUAAAGCGAGCUGGAACGCCGUCCCCAUGCUGGAUGACAAGAUCAAUGGAACCCAGUGGCAGAUCGUCCUCUUCACAGAAGACAAGGCGUACGUUAUACGAGAGGCAGGCGCCAGUCCGCCCUUGAUCCGCCGCACAUGGAGGGAAGAGUUGGGACCGAGAGCGGUCAUACUCCGAUCGUGGCUCACCCAAACGCCCAUAACAGCCCCGGCACCAGCGAAGUGGGAGGAGCUGCAUCUUGAUUGCAAGUUUGUGCCGAGCGAACAGUGGGCUGCGCUGCUGCUGGUGUGGCUCCGGCAGUUCUCGGCCAAAGAGGCGGUCGAGUGCCUCGGCCGCGUCUCGAUCCUACCGGGCAAGGUGAAACGGGAUCUGCUCGACUUCCUCGCAGGCCGGAAGAUGGAGUGGAGAAGUGUCGAGCUUCGACCGGCAACCCGGCCCCCCGAAGAGUGUCAAAAGCCCGUAGCAGAGAGAGUCAGAGCAAGGGCCUGCAAAUCUGAGCGAAUCGUUAGGUGA